UUGUGGGGCCCAGACCCGCAAGGCCUGUGCAGCUGGAGGAGAGCAGAGCAGGGACAGAGUGGUAGCAGAUGAGGUCAGAGAAGACACCAGAGACCCUGCAGGACCUGGGAGGCAUCGCACAGGGUCCCAGAACCCAAGAUGCAUUCACUCUGGAGGCUCCUGGUCCUCCUCAGCUUGCUGGCCUUGCCCUCGGCACUGCACAAGCAGCACGGGCUUGGCCCGGCCAAGGCCUACACAGACGGCAAGUCAGCUCUGGCGAGACUUAUUGCCCAGGGCCUCAUGAAGCACAACACAGAGGGCCGAAUCCAGAACAUCCGCCUUCUGGACAGUCUGAAUGCCUCCGGAAAGAUGGCCCCGGGGAUGGUGGGCUGGCUAAUCAGCAGCAUGAGCCUUCAGCAGCAUCAGGCAGGCAGCGCCAACAUCACCAACAUUCAGCUGGACUGUGGCGGGAUCCGGAUGUCUUUCCACAAGGAGUGGUUCUUGGCGAACAUCUCACUCGAAUUUGACGUUGACUUGAGACUGCCCUUCAAUAAGCAGAUCGUAAAGACCCACGUGCGCAUGAACCUCGCUGUGGAGUUCUGGCUGGAGAAAGACCAGUUUGGCCGGAGGGAUCUGGCGAUGGGCAACUGCCGUGUGGAGCCCAGCAGCGUCCGCACGACAGUCCUCACUGAAGAUAUCUCACCAAAGAUGAAACAUUUUCUCCGCAACCUCAGAGAGAAGCUGGCAAAAGUUAUCCCACAUCUGAUAGAAAGUCAGGUAUGUCCUCUGAUGGACGAAAUCCUCAGGCAGCUGGAUGUGAAACUGUUGAAAAGCCUCAUGGAACAGGCUACUGCUCACAAACUCAACCACCUCUGAGUCCAACCAACAUUUCUCGAGCCAGACUUGAAUGUCUUCAGCUGCCCACCAGUGAUCAGAAGGAGAUUCCACAUUUUGGGGCCUUAAGUCUCCCUCAGAGUGGAGCUUCCAGUGCCCUGAAGACUUUUACCACAGGCCCUGUGGGCAUUCUCUCCUCUUCCAUAAUAAAUUCUGGCUCUGAAGGGCACAGAGAUCCCUGCCUGGGCCCUGAGGUUUGGGCUCCAAAAGUUAGACCUGGGAGUUCCUAUUGUGGCUCAGCAUGUUAAGAACCCAACUAGUAUA